GGUAACUGUUGAAGACUGCCAAAGUCCAGAUGUCCUUCAUGAGUCAGAAUCUCUGAAGUCGCAACCAGCCAGUAUGGAGUCAGGAGGUUUAAGCCCAGUAUAUCCACAGUACAAACCAACUGAGGCUUAUAAAGAGAUUGAACCAGUUAGUUCCAGUGAUGGAUUCAAUCUAUCAAAUCAAGAAGAUUCAGACUGUGACUCAGAUGAUGAUCCAGCAUACAUCCCUGACACAGACUCUGAUGAUACAGAACCUGAAAGCAGUGGAACUCAACACACAACUAGAAAGAGUGUUGUUAAAUUUGGUUCAGCACUUUCAACAGCAGAUGUUGGAAAAGCAAUUGCCAUACUUGAUGAGGAUUCAGAUGGUGAUAUGGAAGUUUCUUCGUCUGAAGACAAAGUUCCUAACACCCAUUCAACUGUGCAUUCACAAAAGGAUAAAGGUGUUUAUCUGCAGUCAAAAAAAUUACCACGGGAUGGCUGUCAAAAGAGAUAUGACAAAAUUAACUUCUGUGUUUACUGCAAGAAGGCGGUUAAAUCCAAAAUAUCUAGACAUCUCUUAACCCACAAGGAACGUCAAAAGGUUCUUCAAAUCCGACUUCUGCCAAAGAAAUCAAAGCAGAGGGAAAAUCUUUUCACAGAACUUGUGAAUGAAGGUAACUUCAAACACAAUAUAGAUGUUAUUAGUACAGGUGAAGGUGUCCUCAUUACAGCACGAAGAGAAAACAUCGAUCAGGAAAAACAUCAUUCACACCAAGAUUAUGUUCCUUGUGUAUACUGUAAAGGAUUUUACUUGAAAAAACUAUUAUGGCAUCAUCUCCAUUCGUGUAAAAUGCGGCCAAAUGAUACUAAAGGUGAUAAUAUGACGGACACAAAAAAUGCUGUACGGAAGGCCAAAAGCCUACUUUACGGUUGUUUGCAUACUGAAAAUGAAAAGGCUGUUGCAGAAAUGCUACGCACAAUGCAUGAUGAUGAUAUAAAGGAAGUUGUUAAAAAAGAUACUAUUAUUAAGUUGUUCAGUUCAAUGCAGGUGUGUGCAUUGGGAGGGAAACACAUACAGAAGAAAAAUGAUAUGCAUAGGAUUAGCCAAAAUGCUAGGACCUUGGCUCGUCUAGUGAUAAAAGCAAGUGAGCAUCUGCCAAUGGUCAGCUUGAACAAGCUUCUUUGUAAAGAUAACUUUGACCUGGUUGUUAAUAGCACCUUGAGUCUGUCGCAUAACAGUGUCACCGUUGCUAACAAAAUGGGUCAUCUGCUUGGUCAUUGUAUAAUGAUUAAAAA